UUUAGCGAUGAAAUAACUCGACUCUCACUGCCACCGCUGUCUUGCCACCACCGUAGGGGCAACCCCCAGGGAGGCACCCCCCCCCCCACUGCCCUUUCGACAAGUCGCUCUGACCGGCGGUGUGACGAAGCUGACGGCCAAACAGCGGUGGCACUGACACAGAGAGGGGCCGUGUACAUGCAACGUCCGGCUGGACACUCUCCCUCUAUUUGCGGGGAGUUUGAGCACCGCUAUUCGUGGCUCCACGUGUCCAUGCCGUGUCCGUGCCGUGUGUUUGUGUGUUUCCCUUCAGUGCCUCCAUCGCCACUUGACAACGAUUCCUACCCCGUAGGUGGCAAUGUCUCAAGAACAAUGAAGCUCGCGUUCAUUUCCGUGGGCGUGGUGGUUUGCGUAUUGGUCAUGUCCGCUGCAGGAGUCGCCUUGUACAAAAGCAGCCGCCCAGGAUGCAAGAUUACCAGUCAAGCUGUGGAGGAUGAUGCCGACCUCGACACGGUGUAUAGCACUAUUAACGAUGUCCUGACUGUCGAGCACAUUGAAAUAAAGGAGUUUUAUUCCGAAGUCUUUCAGGCUAGAACGAAAUCGCCUUAUGAAUAUGCACAGGUAGACGGAGACAUAAUCAGGAAUGCGCCUCCUGUGAACAGUGCAGGCCCUUCGUCUAGGUGUGAUGGCCAGACUCCUGUGUAUGACGAUAUAAUGCCACAGAUCAACUUGCAGAGCGACGACAACGCCUUCACCCACGCCAACUCGGACAGUGCCAUAACAGUCGCCGAGUCGCCGUACGCUGUCGCAGUGGACUGCCUGAGCUCAGAGGAUUCCACGAUGGAUGUGGUCGCAGUCAAAGAAACGUCACAGUCCUGAGUGUCCGCUAACGGCUGCCAAUAUCUCGCAUCGGUACCUGCCGAGAGUAGCAAAUCGUUCGGCAAUCACUCGAUAAUCCCACUGCCUCCCUCCGCCCCCCCCCCCACCAACUCGUUUCAAAUGGCCAUCACAUAAAUCGCCAUCGUUGGUCGCAGUGAAUAAAUUGGAACCACUAAAGCGAUGCCAUCCCAGGUGGUGACCGACGAGUGAUGAGAUACCAAUAUGGUCUGGGGGCCUGUGGACCCACACGGCUUGGGACCCCUUGGCCUGGGACCCCAUGGACCACAGGCAAGAACAGACGCGGUCGAUUCCAAGUCCGGUGCAACGUGAGCGAUACGUAACCCCGGUCUCGAUGCAUAUCCUGAAGACAAUGUCGUGGGUGCGUGGGAUCCCUUUCGACGGUGCAACGUCGCAUAUGUCCAACUCGCAAGGUGCCGGGGGUUUUUGGCGGAUGUUGUGAGAUGGUCGGAUAUGUUGACAUUCGUAGGCGACGGCGGUUGAACCACCGGCACGCACGGAGGUGACUGGACAAAGUUGAAGCGUCUCACUGCUUUAAACAUGGGGAAAUGCUUUGCUGUACACAUGCGUCAACAACACUGUGGGCUUUAAAGGAAAAAUAUAUAAUAGGCGACGUUUUGGGCAAUGGAUGGGCCCUCUUCAUAGUACGUAAAGGACAUUGAAAAAGGGGUCAUCACCUGAAACGUCGCCUUGUGAAUUUUUUUUAUAUAGCCAGUGUUGUUGAGUUGCUUUCGUUUAAUUUGUGCACCGCUCAACCCAGCAGCCAUCACCUGAUGAUGUGUUCAAUGUAUGUUUAUGUUGAACUUCUUUCGCACCAUACAUAGCCAGCCGUGCUAAUUGAAUGUGUGGGGGAAGGACAACAAACUAAACACAACAAGUAAUAUUUAAAACAUAUAUUUUUAAAACACGCUUUUUAUGAAAUGUACUCGUAAUGGAAGAACUCCACGACUCCAGGAAGUGGCCCGAAGCUUGCCAUAACGUAAGGGACCGUGGCCAAUUACAGCCAACGUCAGUUUACCGUGGACAAUUAGACCCAAGCCGAAACAUAACAUAUAAAAAAUAAUGUUUUUAAACAUAUGCUUUCUUAUUUUUUUUGUAUGAUAGAAUAUAGUAUUGUCAUCAGUAUGACAUAAGUAUACCAAGUUUGCAGUCGAUACCACAUUGGGAAGUGGGUAAAAAUUGAGUCACAAGAUUUGAGGAAACAACGACAACAACAACAGACAGACAGAGUGAGUUAAAUAAAAGCGUGUAAGAAGUAGUUCGAAAAAAACGAGUUUUCAAUCUAGAUUUAAAAGUGCAUAGCACCAGUGGAUUCCUAAUAUCGAAGGGAAGAGCGUUCCAGACGGCCGCAGAAGCGCAUCUGAUAGCACGCUAUUCAGUGACCGUCUUUGUUCGAUGGCCAGCCAAAAUCCGCUGCGAGGAUGACCAGAGUUCACGUGAUGUGUC